GUCUGUUGUAUGCUACACGCCGUAACAUUCACUACAGCGUCCGACACAAUCCGAGCAACUCCAUAGCGGUCGCUUCCUCAUCGCCGUCAACCUUUAAUCACGCGAGUGGCCCCGUAUGGAGCCCGAUUCGGCGAUGGAACGACUCCAGGAUCUGCAGCGCGACCUGAUCGCAUUCACGGAACAGCGAUUGCCAGCGCUUGACAGACUAUCGGCGGAGCUCGAUGCGACUGUUGAAGAUCUCAGAAAGCUGUUGGGGAGGAAGAGAAAGAGUGAGGAGAGCCGGAAACAAGUCAAUCCGUCCACGGCACCGAAGCCGGACAUUCUCAAGCUUCAGGAUGAGGAAUACCGUGUCACAGAAGAGUUUCGGCAAGCAGCCCUUCAAGUAUCUGAUGAGCUUGAUCUGGACGAGUUGGAGGCGGCAAAGCUGUGCAUAGAUGUGGAGGGUGAAGCUGGUAACCUACCAGAUACCAACAACCUUCCUUACCGCGCCCUGCUGCGUUUCCAACGACAGCGGUUCGUUCUGCUGGACUGCCUUCGCUUGCUGUUAUUGCAAACACUGGAUCUCGAUGCAGGCGACGAAAUCGGUGCCGCCUUUCAAGAGCUCGUACGGAGGGUGGUGCAACGACAAGAUGGCCAGUCCUCAUUCUGGCAGCGAUGUUUGGAAGGGCUCACCGAAGUGGAAGGAUACCUGAAGAAGAUCUCCGAUCAUCAGCAGACUGCCAUAAUGACGGGCGUACACAUGCAAGGCGACAUAGUGGAUGCACUCCUCGGGCAAAGGUUGCUUCUUGUACGCCAGCACGAAUGCUUGGCCUCAGUCAUGUCCUACCUGAUGCGAGGGGGCCAUGUCGACCACUCCGAAUUUCGCUCUCUGCUCAGUAGAGCUGCUGCCUUCGACGGAUCCAUCGAUGUCGCCAUCCAUUAUCUCGCCAUUCUCAACUGUGGCGCCGCACAGAUAAGCGCCGAAGGCACCACGUCCUUGAACGACGCAAAGGCAAUCUACAACCUCUUCCGCCCGGGCCCGAAUCAGCAGCAAUGGAAAAUGCCUACCUUGAAAGCAGUGGCAACGGUCAUGUGGCUGGCAGAGUACAGCGCGAGAUUCAUCGAUCCCACAAGUACGCAGACAUUGCGGGUGGCAGACCGCCAAAAGGACGAAGAAGAACGCUCCAAGCUGUUCCAAGAGACUUUACCACAGCGGCCCUUCCACUUCCUACUGGCUGCUUGCCAAUUCCUCAAGCCCGAGAUCUGGUACGAUCCGGCCAAGGUCGGCCUGAUUCGUUUCCUACUGGAAGAUACGCCCAGCGUGCCGGAAGAGUCUGUCCCGCCUUCGCCAGAGUUUGCCGACCUGAUGAUGAGUGAGCUGCAGGCGUUCAGCGAUGCGUUCAUCACCAACAUGCCGGAUGACCUGCGGCGCAUGCAGACGCAUGAGGAUGACCGCAGGCGAACGUUCUUCUCUAGGCCCGCAGAGACCGAGCAACAUCAGGAUUUCUCUCUUGAGCGCUUCCUGGUCAUCGUGUCAUACGCCUACCAAGAUAAUGCGGACGCCGCUCAAGAUUUCUGGUCGGAUCGGGAAAGCAAUCUCUAUGGCUUCUUGACAUGGACCUCAAAACGACUGCCUACUCCUCGGGUUGCCGCCUUCUGCGAGUUGCUGAGAGCGAUUGCGAGCGAUGAGAAAUCCGGCAACCAAGCCCAUCUGUUCCUGCUUGAGGACACCACCAUGUCGUCGGGAAGACUGCGCAAAACGUACUCUGUAAGCUGGUCCCAAAUCUUCGCUGAGCUGGAACUUUAUGCCUCUUCAGUGCGAAACAAAGCUGUCAACCCGAAUCAGGUGGCGAGCGAGGACUCUGCGGAAGCGAACUUCAUCGAACCAGAGACAUACAUCAUGCUGGAGGCCUACCUUCGACUUGCCUCGCAUAUCUGUCGAAUCAGUCCGGAUGCUCGAAACUGGAUUCUGCGAGGGCAAAGCUUUCACCUGGGGGAGACCUUGUUUCAACUUGCAUCGACCGGGAAUGAGGCUCGCGUGCACGCUAGUUGUUUUGAUCUGCUAUCGGCACUCCUGACCGACAAGGUGACUGAAGUGAACGAUGGUAUGUGGGUGCUGCUGGACAACUGGAUUGCCGGCGGCGCACCCGGAGGAGGGUCUACAACUGUCCCACGCCCAGCAGGACGACCGCCCCCUGAACGACAGUAUCUGAUGAACUUUGCAACAAACUUUGAGACUGCGACUGGACUGGUCAAUCUCUUGAACGCUCUAAUUACUCCUUCGCCGAAUCUUUCAGAAUUGACACAGGACACGCUGCCAUUCCCAGAGAACCUCGGUGCAGCAAACCGGCAUGCCGGAAUUGACGCCUACGUCGACUUCGUCCUUGAUACCGUCUUCAAAUCCACACAGCCAGCCAUGACCAUUGGCAACGAUCGAGUGCAAGUGGACGUCUUACGGUGUGCUUGUCUCAAUUUCAUCUGUCUUUCCCUGUCGACAUUCAACGAGGAUCUAGUUGCGCUCGCGAAUAUCGCCAACGUCGCCGUGGACACGGCAAUCAAGACGACAUCUCUCGCCGCGUACACGAGACUGCACCCGUUUGCAAGGGUCAUGGAAUGGAUGUUCAAUAACAACGUCAUCCACGCCCUGGCCAGCGCGGCGCAGCAAAACGUCGAUGACUUGAACUCAUUUGAUCCUCAUUCACCACGCGUGCAAGCGGCACUCAGGAGUGUGCAGGCCAUGAACCUGGCGAUGAAGCUCCAAGCCACUUAUCUGGACAUCGUGCGGCCAUUCGUGGGAUCGCAAGCGUCCACUCGCUCAAAGCCGCUGGUCAACUCGGCCUUUUCGUCAUAUGACGAUGUGGUGUUGAGCCAGCUGAACGUUGUUGCUGACGUCGUCUCGUUCGCCGCCAGCAAUAACGUGGACCUUGGUCUGGAGUCUUUGAGCUUACUGGAGAAGCUAUGUGCAUCGAGGAAAUUGAGUGAUCCGUCGCGAUACGCGAAUGGUGGCAGACUGCGUCUCGGCAAUCGACUGGUUAGCAAGCUUGCGGACAGGAGCGAGAUCGUCGCUGCGGAGAUGAAGCCUCAUUUCCAGGUCUUCGAAUGGGAUCUCGAGACCGGUGAGCAGCCGUUGAAGCUGAUCAAGGCCCGAGCAGUUGUCGAUGUGCUAAACAGCAGUCUGGAUACGGCCGGUGGUCGACCAUCUGUUGCCCACUGUCUUUUGGGCUUCACAUGCAGCGGACCAACUGUCAGCAUCGAUCCCAACGGCUCAUUCAGCCAAGGACAGUCACUGUUCCACAGCGUUGCAGCUUAUGCAGCUCAAGCCCCGUACGCCAUUGGGGAUAGCAAUGUCUCGUGGCUCCUAUCGGUGAAGCGUGGAUGCGCAGAUAUCAUUCUCAAGCUUGCGCUCUCUCCUCUGACCGCUGCGAUUGUCCUGCCUGAACUCCGGACCAUGGAAUACCUAUCAGCCUCGUCGCAGAAUCAACUGCUGGUCUUCUCCAAUCCCCUUUGGGACCAGGUGGCACUUCAGGACCCGACGCUCCUGCUCGACAGCUCCGCCAAGGGCGUCGAGGACUUCUUGCGCACUCGCCGAGACUUUUUCGAAUACGGCUCGCUCGACCUUCGGACUGCAAAUGAAGCGCAGGCCUAUUCCGUACAAGAGAAAAUUGUCAGUGCGUUGCUUGGAACGAUCAAACUGCCGACUGGAGAACAAGCAAGCACCGUUUCCGUGUUUGAUCUCUUCGACUUCUUCGACUUGGACACGGCCGCUGCAUCUACUGCUACGACCAAGUUCUUCAAAGAUACCGACUUCUCUAUGUGCGUCAAAGACGAUGCAGAGACGACAACGAGAGCAUUCGACCUUCCCAUGGUAGAGCAGCUCCUCAUUCUUCGGAAGCGUGAGAUGCUUCACGCCGGCCUGAUCAAGGAAGCACACGACGAGCAGCAAGUGGACGAUGAGGUGCGGGCCAUUCUUGCAUCUCUCACCAGCCAGAACAACUUCCGCUCGAUUCAAGCUGCCCGCCUCACUGCGCUGGAAGCGUGGACGGACCUCCUCUCGCUUAUGUCGACCUCCAACGGGCUUUCAGGGGCGAAGCUCAGCACCAUAGCUCUACAGGGCCUCCAAGUCAUUCUCCCUCGCUUCGAAAGAGCGCUAUCCGAAAGUCUUGAUGCCGCGGCGUUGCUCGCGCGCUUGACUCUCACGCUCGUGCCCGUGGCUGCCGCCAGUGACAUUGACGGAAAAGCCACACGAAACGCAAGUCUCGCGCACGAACGACUCCUGGCAGCCUUUCGCGUAUGCCUGAAGGUCGUUACGGACAGCGGGUCCGGGCUGGCGUUGCGAGACAUCUGCUACCGCACAUGCUGUGCAAUUCUCGCCGCGCUGCCACUCACGAUAAUCAACGGACAAGCAUCGCCGUCUCCCAACGCCAAACAGCUUCUCCAGCUCAUCCAAACGACCGGCGAGCGCCUCAUCACCGUCGUAACAGAAGACGCCUUUUCCGGCCGCGGCGUCACCCGCGUCUCCGCCCUGCUCUUCCUCGACGGCGUCGUAGCCCUCUUCCAACUCUCCAAAGCCACCACCGCAAUCCUCCGCGCCCUAAGCAAACUCAACUUCCUCCCAGUCCUCCUCGACCAAAGCCUCGGCAGCGUAACGACCUCCUUCCAAAGCGACAGCGCAGACCAACUCACCACCGCCGUCGCCUACUUCCACACCUCCCUCGCCCUCCUCCUCCGCAUCACCGCCACAGCAGACGGCACGCAACUCGUGCUCAACUCCGGCCUCUUCCCCUGCAUCGCCGACAGCAAGCUCUUCUCCACCGACCCGGACAUCGGCCUCGACAUCGACAACCCGGCGGCGCUGCGCGAAUUCUACCGCAUGCUGGCCGCGGUGCUGCGCGUCGUGACGGCCGUGGUGAUGGCGCGUGGGCCCGCAAAUGCGCACGUACUGCAGCAGGGGAAGGCGUUUUUGCAGCAGAAUAGGUUUAGUAUGCAGGCGGUGUUUAAGCGGACGAGCGCGGUGCAGAAGACGGCGGGGCCGCCGGAGGAGGAGGCGUUGCAGGUUGCCGAGGAGUUUGGGACGCUGCUGCUUGUUACUGGGUUUCUUGAGGUAUGAUUUGCUCCCUUUGAAUGAGUAUGUGAGGUUGUGAGAUGAAGCUGACUGUGAUUUCAGGAUGACGAACCGGCGUAUAGACGGACAUCGAGGGUGAAUGGGUUUAGCUAACGUCUUAUAGUGAAAAAGCGGGAUUGUGAACUGUUGCAUAGCGCGGCG